AUGGCGAACUGGCUUGUAUUUCUUAUUCUUCUAUACUAUCCAUGCUUUAUAGCUGCAACAAAUGCUGAAGGUCAAGCAUUACUUGAACUCAAAGCAGGACUAAAUGAAUCUACAGACUUACUUGGAACUUGGGAUCCAAAUUUAGUGGAACCCUGCACUAGUCGGUCUCACAUUACCUGCAGUGGAGGACAUGUUACAGCUGUGCACUUGGAAUCUAUGGGAUUUUCAGGUACCUUAUCCCCUGAUAUUGGCGAGCUGACAGGAGAGAUACCAUCUUCAAUAAAAAAGAUUUCAACUUUGAUAGAAGUGGACUUGUCUUUUAAUGAUCUCACUGGACAAAUCCCAGAAGCCCUAUUUCAAAGACCUGAAUACAAUUUCUCGGGUAAUAAACUUAAUUAUGGUUCAAAUUUACAGCACCCAUGUGCUUCUACUCUCAAUUCAAAUUCAGGUGGUUCCAAAUCAAUAGUUGGAGUCCUGAUUGGAAGUAUUGGAGGGACAGUUGUAGUUUUGACAUGCUUUAUCUUCCUUUUGUGGAAGUGUUGGUGGUUGCGCUACAGGAAAGAGGAUGUUUCUGGUGAGGAUGACAGAAAGAUUUCUUUUGGGCAGUUGAAGAGGUUUUCAUGGCAUGAAUUGCAGCUUGCAACAGAUGAUUUUAGUGAGAAAAUAGGGCAAGAGAUGUUUGAGGGAGGACCUUCAAAUAGAUAUGAACAUCCCCAAGUAUUAGCAGAAAGGCGUGCAAAAUGUAAAAAACAAACACAACACGCAACUUUCUUGGCAGACAUGUAUCCAAAAUGUGAAAAAACAGACACAACACGUUAA